AGCGACGAGCACGCAGAUGCUCUCAGCUCAGCCGUGACAUCCAUACACGUAGUUACACUGUUGUAGUCGUGCGGUACAGCAGGAGCGAAUCUAACAGCCCCGAGGAAACGCGCCAGCAGUGCUCUGCACAGCAACUCUACACCGAACAGCGCGAAUGCGUAAAUAGAAUAGAAUGAACGAAAGAGACGCGCGCCGAUUCGUCGCGGGGUGCAACCCCCGAAUGUUCAACGUUGACGACGACGAAGACUUGGACGUGCGCGCGGCGCUCGACGCCUGCGCCGUGGUGCUCCUCACACCCGACCAGGCCCACUGGGUGGUCAGUGAGCUGGAAAUGUGGCGGGGGAACCGCGCGAUGCUGCUGGACCUCGUCGCGCGCGGCGUCCGCCUGGCGGGCGGCGACGCGGCCGCCGCCGCGCUCGCGGGCGUGAUACUCAAGCUCGUGUCGGGCGAGGAACUCCGGCCGCUCCUCCAGCCGCUCAUGCCCGCCCUCCGCCGGAGCGCGUGCGCGGCGACGCUGGCGGCGGCCGGGCUCCUCGACGACGACGGCGACGCGGCCCCGCUGUGGGAGGACGCGGACGCGUCGGACGACCCCCACGCUUUAGUAUUGUCCCCGGCGUUUGUGGACGUGUUCGGGGUUGCGGUGCUGCGGCGGGGCCCGCCGGCGCGGUCGCCCUAUCCGACGGCCGCGGCGUCGUUCGUGGCGAACUGUCGAAGUCUCGCGGAGGCCCUCAACGCGCCGCGGCGGCCGCCCGUCGUCGUCGCGGGGAAGCGGGGCGCGGGCCGCACGGCGGCGAUCCGGGAGCUGGCGAGCCGCUGCGGCGCCGUCGUGCGGGAGUUCGUGCUCGACGAGGCCUGCGACGCGCGCGCGCUCGUGGGCUACCACGAGGUCGCGGAGGACGGCCGCUUCUCGUGGCGGCGCGGGCCCCUCGCCCUGGCCGUGGAGCGGGGCGAGUGGGCCGUCGUCGAGGACGUCGACCGGGCGUCGCUCGAGGUCCUCGCGCUGCUCAAGCCGCUCGCCGAGGGGUUUUCGCUGGGAGCGGCGGGCCGGGCCCUGGCCUCGGAGAGCGUGCGCCGCCACGCGGGCUUCCGCCUCCUGGGCACGGCCACGACGGAGGAGGCGCGGUUCCUCGGCCGCGAGCACUGGGUCGAGGCGUACUGCCGGCCGCUGGACCGCGCCGAGCUCAUGGCCAUCGUCGGGCUCCCCGCGUCCGUCGCCGCGGCCGUCGUCGACGCCGCGGAGGGAAGCGCGCGCGACGCGAUCAAGAUGGCGCGCCGCGUGCGGGACCGCGUGAACCUCGAGGAGGGGCCCUACGCGCCCGAGGCCAAGCGCCUACUCGCCGCGGUCGAGGCCUGCGACGUCGUGCUCGGGCGGUGCCGGGGCGACGCCGCGGAAGCGGAGGCCAACGUCGCGGAGGCCUUCGGGCUCGAGCCGGACCACCUGCGCAUGCGCGUGCGGGCCUCCUCCCCCCAAAUCACGUCCACCCCCCGCGGCGUCCAGGUCGGGCGCGUCGUGCUAGAAACGACCGGAGGCGCGCCGGACCUGAGGUUCGCGCCGACGCCGCACGCCGCGCGGCUGCUCGAGCGCGUCGCGGCCUGCGUCGCGUCGCGCGAGCCGGUCCUAUUGGUGGGCGAGCCGGGCGGUGGCAAGACGACCCUGGUGCAGGUGCUCGCGAGGCACUGCGGCGCGACGCUCCGGGUGCUGAACCUGUCCCACGCGACGGACGCCGAGGAGCUGCUGGGCGGCGUGCGCCCGGUGUCCGUCGCCGAAGUGAGCCGGCGGCUCCGGGACGCGUGCGCCGAGCUCUUCGCGGCGACCUUCGACGCCGCGGCGAACGCGGCCUUUUUGGGCGUGCUGGAUAGGGCCUUCGCGGCGUCGGACUGGGCCAAGGUCGCGCGGGGCGCGGCGAAGGCCUGCGACGCUUACACGAAAAGUUCGAAGCGCCGGAAGCUCGACGCCGGCCAGACGGCCGGCUGGGCCCGCCUCGCGACGCAGGCCCAGAUCCUCGAGAAGCGCUGCGCCGAGCCGCACCGCCUGGCCUUCGCGUUCAUGGCGUCCGCCCUGGCGGACGCGGCGGCAAAGGGCGACUGGGUCCUGCUGGACGAGGUCAACCUCGCGCCGGGCGACGUCCUCCAGCAUUUGCUGCCCAUGCUCGAGGGCCGGGACGUCCACGGUCAGUUUAGAGUGUUCGCGGCGAUGAACCCGAGCGGCGACGCCGGCAAGCGCGAGCUGCCGCCCGCCGUGCGGUCGCGGUUCACGGAGCUCUUCGUGAGCGAGCCUUCGGACGACGCGGACCUGAUCGCCAUCGCGGAGACGCGGCUCGCGCCGCUCGACGACCUCCACCGCGCGGCGCGGCGCGACGCGGCGGCGCUGGCCGUGGCGACGCACCGGCGGCUCCUCGACCUCGUGAGGACCGGGCCGGCGGUCCUCACGGACGGCGGCGGCCAGGCGCCGCGGUAUUCCCUACGGACGCUGUGCCGCGCGCUGGACGCCGCCUGCGUGUUAAGCGUGAAGGGCGGCCCCGUGGCGGCAUUGCGGGAGGGCUUCGAGCUGGCCUACGCGACGCAGCUGGUGGGGGACGCGGCCGAGGGCGGGCGCCGCGUCUGCGGGCGGGAGAUCCGCGAGGGGCUGGGCGCAUCCAUGGCAUCGGACAUGCCGCCGCCGCGGCCGUCGCGUUUCACGGACGACGACGCGGACCUCGUGGCGGGCUUCUGGGUCGCGGCGGGGCCGAAGGCGGGCCGCGUCGACGCCGCCUUAUUGGGAGACGGCGCGGCCGGCGCCUUCUGCCUCACGCCGACGGUCACGCAGUCGCUGCGCCGCGUCGCCCGGGCGUUAGCCUUCGGGCGGGCGCCCAUUCUGCUGCAGGGCCCGACGUGCGCCGGGAAGACGUCCCUGAUCGACUACCUGGCGCGGCGCCUCAACGUGCGCUGCGCGCGCAUCAACAACCACGAGCACACGGACGUGGCGGAGUACGUCGGACGGUACGCCCCGCUGCCGGACGGCACGAUCGGCUGGCUCGACGGCGCGCUGACCGGCGCGGUGCGGCGCGGCGAGUGGAUCCUGUUGGACGAAUUGAACCUGGCGCCGCCGGACGUCCUCGAGGCGCUGAAUAGAUUACUGGACGAUAAUAGAGAAUUGCGCCUCCCGGAGACGGGCGAAGUCAUAACACCGCACGCGAACUUCCGGCUCUUCGCCACCCAAAACCCCGCGAGCUGCGCCACGUCCGGCGCGCAGUACGGCGGCCGCAAGCCCUUGUCGCGGGCCUUCCGCGACCGCUUCGUCGAGAUCCACGUCGACGAGCCGCCGCCGGACGAGCUCGCCCAGAUCGUGAAGCGCGUCGGCGGCGUGCCCCCGUCGCUGGCGGCGAAGCUCGUGGACGCGCGGCGGCGCCUCGCGCGGCUGAGACUAGGACGGGGCCGCGAGGGCGGCACCUUGCUCGACGGGGACGCGGCGUUAUGUUCCGCGCGCGACGUGCUCAAGUGGGCGAAGCGGCUCGGCGGGAGCGCCGACAAGGCGCGAGCUUUACUGGUGGGAGACGACCUGCUCGCGCAGCGGCUGCGGUGCCCCACCGACGUGCGGGCCGUGCGGGCGUGCAUCUCCCAGGCCCUCGAGGCGACCCUUGAUGAUGAGAGGACCUGGGCCUCGGUGCGCGACGUGUGCAUGCAACAGAACGUCGCGCCGACGGCCGCGAUGGCGCGCCUCGUGCAGCUCAUGGGCGCGGCGCUGGACCACGAGGAGCCCGUGCUCCUGGUGGGCGAGACGGGCGGCGGCAAAACGACCGCGUGCCAGCUGCUGGCGGCGAUGCGGGGGCAGCAGUUGCGGGUCCUGAACUGCCACCUCCACUCGGAAGCGUCGGACUUCCUGGGGGCGCUGCGGCCGGCGCGGCGCGAGAGUGGUGGUGCAUUGUUCGAGUGGGUCGACGGGUGCCUGGUCGAGGCGAUGCGGCGCGGGGAGAUGGUGCUGCUGGACGAGCUGAACCUGGCGGACGACGCCGUUUUGGAGAGAUUGAACAGCGUCCUGGAGCCAGCUAGAACGAUCGCGCUCGCGGAGAAGGGCGGCGACGCGCUCGAAAUUGUAACGGCGCACCCGGCGUUCCGGCUGCUGGCGACGAUGAACCCCGGGGGCGACCACGGCAAGCGCGAGCUGUCGCCGGCGCUCCGGUCGCGCUUCACGGAGCUCUGGGCGCCGGCGUGCAGCUCGCGCGAGGACCUGCGGGCCCUCGUGGCGACGACGCUGCCGGACGCGGCCGCGACGGAGGCGCUGCUGGACUUUGGCGAAUUCAUAAAGGGCAUGGCCGACGACGUCAAGCCCCCGCCCUUAACGGCGCGGGACCUGGUCCACUGGGCGGCCUUCGUGAAGCACCUCGAAGGCAAGGUCGACGUGGUCGAGGCCCUCGGGCACGGCUGCGGCGUGGUGCUGGACGGUCUGGGCGUGGCGAACCCCUGCGUCGAAGCGGACGCUUUAGAGGCGUGUCGAGACGUCUGCGAGCGCCGGUUCGCGGAGAUUUGUCGAGGCAUGGGCGACGUCGAGGAUGCGCUCAAAUGGGACCGCGCGGGGCCGCCGCUGGCCCGAGACGCUCAUGUCUACGGCGCGGCGCCGUUCGCGCUCGAAGCACGGGGCGAUUUUAACGGAGACGCCUUCUGCGACGACGCGCCGACGACGGCGGCGAACCUGAGGCGGGUCGUCCGCGCGUGCCAGCUCGAGCGCGCGGUGCUGCUGGAGGGCCCCCCGGGCGUCGGGAAGUCGGCGCUGAUUGGCGCGCUCGCGCGGCGCUGCGGCCGGGAGCUGGAGCGCAUCAACCUCAGCGAGCACAGCGACGUGCAGGACUUGGUGGGCGCGGACUUGCCCGCCGACGACGGGUUCUCGUGGCGCGACGGGCCGCUGCUGCGCGCACUACGACGAGGGAGCUGGGUCCUGUUAGAUGAGUUGAAUCUGGCGCCACAGCCCGUGCUCGAGGCGCUGAACGCGGUCCUGGAUCAUCGCGGCACGCUCUACGUCCCCGAGCUCGGCGAGGCCGUCGCGAAGGGCCGGGGGUUCCGCCUGUUCGCGACGCAGAAUCCGCACGGAGGCGUGAGCGGCCGCCGGGCGUUGCCCAAAAGCUUCUUGGAUCGGUUCUUCCGCGUGCACGUGGCCGCGCUCACUCUGGUCGACUUCGAGGCGGUGGCGUACCAGAAGUACGCGCUCGACGAGGGUUUCGCGCGCGAGUGCGCGGCGUGCGUCGAUCGCAUACGACGGGAGGGCGUCUUUGGCUUGGAGGGCGACGUGAACGCGCGGGACGUCGAGCGCCUCUGCGAGGUCGUUUCCAGUCGCGAGGACGCGAGCGUUUCCCAGAUUGCCGCCGAGGUCUUCGGCCCGCGGUGCGCUGAUGAUGAACAGCGCCGGAAGUUGGAGAAGGCCGUCGGCGCGGCCGUCGCGCCCGCGUGCCCCGUGGAUCUGGCCCCGGAUUGCCUCAGAGCGGGCGGCGUGGCGCUCGCCCGCGCGUUCGCCAUCGCGCCGGCGGCGGGCGACGACGACGACGGCGGAGCACCGCGACGCAUCGCGCGCGACAGCAACGCGGCCCCGUCCCUCGCGAGCCUCGCGCGCUGCGUGCGCCAGCGCUGGCCCGCGCUCGUCUACGGCGCCGGCCGCGCGCCGGUCGAGCCAAUCCUAAGGCUGGCCGAGGCGUGCGGGGCGAGCGUCUGGCGCGUGCGCCUCCACCCCGCGUCCGACGUCACGGACCUCCUCGGCGGCUUCGAGCAGGUCGACGCCGAGCGGUUGCGAAGGCGCGCCGCCGCGCGCUGCCGCGACGCGCGCGCCGACCCCGGUUGUGUUGAGAAGGCCCGGGCCGCGGAGGCGGCGGAGCGGCGCGCCGCCGCGAGCGGGAACGAACCGCCGCGCUUCGAGUGGGUCGACGGGCCCGUGACGCGCGCGGCGCGGCGGGGCGCGUGGCUCGUGCUCGAGGACGCGAACCUCGCGCCGCCGUCGGUUUUGGACCGCCUGAACGCGCUGCUCGAGCCCGGGGGCGAGCUCACGGUGACGGAGGCCGGCGGCGCCGCGCGCGCCGUGCGGCCCGCGCCGGCGUUCCGCGCGUUCCUGACGGUCGAUCAACAAUACGGCGACGUGUCGCGCGCGAUGCGCAACCGCUGCUGCCACGUGUGCGUGGCGGCGGCGCCUCCAUCUGCUUCGGAUCCGCUCGACAUCGAUCAGGGAGCGGGGUCGUGGCGCGCGCGCGUCCUCGACCCGGCGUCGCAGCGCGCCCGCGACGACGCCGAUUUUGUUGCUGGAGAGGCCCCGGCGGAGGCCGCCGCGCGGGGGCGCAUCAUUGAUCUGCGGCGGCGCGCGGCGACGGGUGAUGUCAUCGAUAGCCUCCUCGCGCUCCAGGACCUCGUGAUGGACGGCCACGCGAUCGACGACGCCCACGAGAGGCAUCACUAUAAAGCCGACGUGGCGUACGCGCUUCAGGACCUCCUGGCGAGCCCCGACGUCACGGAGUGCGGCGGGCGUAUUGUGCGCGAGAGCGACGUCGCGCAAGCCUGGGGCGACGCGCGGCGCGCGGGCGCGAGCGCGCGGCGCCGGAUCCUCCGCGACGCGUCGCCCGCGCACGACGAACGGGUCCGGGGCCUCGUCGGCGCGCUGGACGCCGUCCUUCAUGAACGCGACGCCCUGCUCGUACCCGGCGAUGACCUCGUGCCGCUCGAGCGGGCCCGCGACGCGGUCGCGGCGUGGACCGGGUCCGCGGAUCUGGACGAAGCCCAGUACGUCUUGCUCGCCAUCACGUGCGCCAUGGUCCGCAAGGCCUUGGUAGGAGACGACGCCCCCGCCACGACCGCGCGCGCGGUGCUGGGCCGCGUCGAGGCCCUGUUCCGGAUUACCGACACCGCGCCGUGCCGCCUCUGGAAGCGCGCGGCGAAGGAGGCCGGCUGGCCGCGCGCGCCGUUGCAUGCUCAACGCGUCGACGGGGUCACCACGGCGGCCCGGGACCUGGCGUUUCCGGGCCGCGGCGACGCGGGCCUCGCGCCGCACGCGGCCCUCGCGGCGGCGCUGGCGGUGGACGGCGCGAUGCGGCGCGACGCCGCCGACGCGCGCGCGACGCAAGCGUGGGCCCUCGCCACGCGCCGGGACUGCCCGGACUACGGUUUUCUGGGGGAGGCGUGGGCCGCGGCGCGGGCCGCGGCGGCGACGCGCUGGGCCGCGCGCGGGGUCCCGCUGCAGAACGACGAGGGGGGCGAGGACGUCGUCGUGCUCUGGGCCUGCGACGACGGGGGCCUCCUGGACCGGUGGGCGCACGUCCAGAGCUGCGCGUGCGCCGCCGUGAGCGUCGCGCGCGCGGAGGCGGCGGUCGUCGCCGACGUCGCGGAGGCGGACGCGACGGGCGGGGGCGUCGACGGCGCGGCCUGCGACCGCCUCGCCGGGGCGAUCCUGGCCGAGACGACGCGGCCCCCGACGGACGCGUCGGCGUUCAUCUCGCUCGGCUGGGUCCGCGCGAAGAACGUGGGCGCCGCCGCGACGCUGCGGCGCGUGACGAACGGCGUCGUGGGCCGCUGGGCCCGGGCCUGCGACGUCGCGCCGUACCUCGCAGACCGCGACGGCCUGGCGCUGGCGCCCCGCGCGGCCGCGGCCGCGGAGCCGCUGCCGGGGGCGCUCGCCGGCGACGCGCUCGUGUGCCGGGGCCUGCGCCUGCUGCGGGCGCCGGCGCCCCUGGUCGCCGUCGCGCAGCGGUGCCGCCAGCUCCGGGCCGUCGCGCGCCUGCUCCGGGAGGACGCGGGUGUCGACAGGGCGCGGCGCGCGGCGCUGCGCGCGGGCCGCGCGCACCUCGCGGCGACGCCCGGGGCGCCGCCCGACGUGCAGCGGCGCUUCGACGGCGGUGACGUGGGCGGCGGCUGGGCCGCGCUGGGCGCGGCGCGCGUGCUGGCGCUCGCCGCGUGCGCGCUGGACCCGGGCGCGCGCGCGGCCGCCAAGCUCGAGGCGCACGACCACCACGUAAAGGUGGUGGAGGUAGCGCACCGCGCAGCUCUCGCGGACGCGGCCCGCUUCGGCGACCGGGGUUUGGUGGGGGAGGCGCGGCGCGCGGUCGAGGCGGCACACGAGCGGCGCGAGGCGCUGGCGGCGCGCGCGACGUUCGAGCGCGCGAGCGACGCGCCGCCGUGGGCGUCGCUCCGGGAGGCGCUGGGGCGGUGCGCGGUCCUGGCCACGCGAAUAUCACCGCUGCUGGACGCGCUGGACCGUCGAUCGGCGGACGCGCGGGCGGCGGCCGCCGCGUGGCGCGCGGCGGCGGCCGAGGCGGCCGAGGCCAUCGACCGGGCGCACGCUUCGUCUCGAUUGGACGUCGUGGAGCCCCUUUGCGCGGCGCUGCGCACGAGCUGCUUCGGCCUGCUGCUGCGUCUAGAGGAAGACCGCGACGCCGGGUGGCGGUUCCCGUUCGGCGCCGCGGCGCCGUCGGACCCGGUCUUCGAUCUGUGGCGGUGCGAGCUCGACGACAUGAUUCAGGGGCGGCGCUCGUCCGCGUUCGACGAGGCCCUGCAGCGCGUCGUGGCCGCGUGGCGCGACCGCGCGCCGACGGAGGCCGACGAGCGGCGGCUCGCGUCGGGGUUCCUCGCGCGCGGCGCGACUGCUGCUCCUCCAGCCGAGGAGGGGGAGGAAGCGGAGGCCCUGGACACCACGCAGGACGCGUCCCUGCUGCACGUCGCGUGCGGCGCGUGGUUCCGGCGCGCGCGCGGCGCGGGCGACGCCGCCCGCCUCCGGAGCGCCGCGGUCCGCGCGGGCGUCGCGGCGCUCGACCGCGGCGACGACGCCGCGCACGCCGGCGCGCUGGCCCACGUCUUGGAAAGCGAGGCGGCGCUGCUGGACCCGUCCAUCGACGUUGUACCGAAAAACGCGCGGAGCCUCGUCGAGCGGCUCGCGGCGCUGGGCCUGCCCGAGGUGUCUCCCGACGUCGGGUGGGGCGCCGCCUGCGCGCGCGACGCCGUCGGGCCGUGCACCCGGCUGCUCGAGCGCUGCGCGGAGUUAUUGAAGCAGUGGCCGCAGAAUGCGACGCUCGAACGAAUUGUACGAGUGGGCGACGCCCUGCUCUCCUCCAAGAUUGAGGUGUUAGGCAAGGUCCUCGCCGGCCUCGAGGUGCUGCUGCACCGGGCCCAGGACUGGGAGGAGCACGCGGCGAGGCACGUGACGCUCGAAGACGAGCUCAAGGCGAUCCGCGCCGUCGUGGCGCGCUGGCGGGGCGUCGAGGUAAAGCGGUGGCCGUCUUUAAUCCAGGGCGUGGAGGAGCGUAGUGUUGGUAGUGAAGUGUUGGAGUCGUUUCUGCGGCUGCGCGAGCUCAUACCGACGACGCAAAAUAGCAUCCCGGCGUGGCUGCGCAAGGACCUGCCCUUUUAUGAUGACGAAGGCGAAUUAAUAAGUGAGGACGCCUUCGAUAGGCUCGACGGUUUCCUGCGGGACGGCACGCGGGGCGACUUUAGCGCGAGGGUCGAGCUCGUAAAGACGCUAGGAGAAGCCACGGGCCGCCAUGAAGUAAGAGCAUUGGCGGACCAGUACGGGCUGGCGCUGCCCGACGUUCUGAAAGAUGUGGAGAAGGCGCGCGCGCAGCACCUCAAGGAGCUCGCGGACGAAUCAAAACUGGCCAGCUGGGACGACCGGAACUACCACCGCCUCGAGGCGUGCACGCUUGCGUCACGGAAGACGCUGCGGCGCAUCCUCGGUGCCUUCCGGGACGUAUUGAUGGAGCCCGUCGCGCCCAUUCUACAACGGCGCGCGGCGCCGCCCGAUGGCGCGGCUCCCUUCGUCAAGGACGAGGCAAUUGAGGAGGAGGCCCGGGUCUUCGGUCCCGCGCCCUUGAUUGGUGUGGCUCCGGCCACGACCUACGGCCCGCGGCUCCCGCAGCUCGCGACGCGCAUGCGGGCGGUCCUUUCAUCAAAACCGGCGUCGGACGACGCGGCGGAGCGCGUCGCGGCGACGAUCCUGGGGCGGUGCGCCUACCUGCGGGAGCACCCCGCGACGCCGCGGGCCGUGAAGCGCCGGGCCGUCGUCGACCUGGCGCGGGGGCUCAAGGGCGAGGGCCUCGGCGGCGCGGUCCCGGCCGCGGUCUGGGACGCGCGGACCGGGGCCAGCGCCGCCGCGGCCGUGCGACACGACGGCGGCUACUUCGCGCGGGCCGCGGCCGAGGUGCAGCUCCUGCGGCACGAGCGCGCGCAGCACGACCGCGACGUGACGCCGCGCGAGGCGGCCCAGCUCAAGAGCGCCUGCGCGCGCCUCCAGCUCCUCCUGCUCCGGGAGCGCGUCGCGCUGGGCCGGCUGCAGCACGAUCUGGAGCGGUGCGACGCGGCGCUGGAGGUGCUCGCCGUGGACGCGGUGCCGCGCGACGCGCGCAUCUUGGACGCGGCGGCGCCGGUCGCCGCGCGCGGCGCCGAGGUCGCGGCGCAACUCAGAUUGGCGGGCGGCCGCGUCGACGCCCACGCCUUGGAGAAGCUGGCGUCGUCGUGCGAGACCACCAAGCGGCGCCUCGCGUCGUCCGAGUCGGAGGCGGGCGAGCGCGCGGCGCUCGUCGCGGCGCUGCGCGCGGCGGCGGCGAGCUGCGAGGGCGGGCCCGCGGCCGCGGCCGCCCGGACCGCGUUGGAGGAGUUAGUGAAGGCGGCGCGCGUCGCGCCGGAGGGCGACGGCGGCGACCGCGCGGCCGCGUUCGACGCGUGCGUCGAGGCGGCCCUCCUGACGGCGCAGCGCUUGCGAGAAGAUGAUGACCAAGGCGAGACGGUCGGCGACCAGUCCUCGGCGCGGGUCACGCGCGCGGCGACGCUCAAACUAGGUAGAUUGGCCGACGCGCUCGAGGCGCUGGCCCGGCCGACGGCAUCUUCGUCGAACGUGACCCUGGCGGUCGCCGCGUUGAGCGUGGUCGUGCCCUGUCGCAACGCGGCGAUGGCGGCGUGGCGCGAGGACGCGCGGCGGCACCGGUCCCUGGCCAAGCUGUGCUACGUGUGUUGUCGAGUGGUCCGGGCGCUCUUCGCGCGCGGCCUCUGCGAGGAGUCGGACGACGACGGGCCCCAGGACUCGGGGCGCACGGAAGACUGCGACGGCACGGGCAUGGGCGAGGGCGACGUGAGCGAGGCGAAGGACGUCAGCAACGAGAUCGACAACGAGGAGCAGCUGCUCGGGCUCAAGGACGAGGCGCGGGAGGAGCACGAGGGCGACAACGACGGCCAGCAGGAGAAGCUGCGGGGCGAGGAGAAGGACCAGGGCGUGGAGAUGGAGGGCGCCUUCGACGGCGAGCGGCGCGAGCAGGAGGACGACGACGACGGAGAGGACGACGGGGGCGACGACGUUGAUGACGAGGGCGAGGAAGUGGACCGGGAGCUGGGCGACGCGGGGGACGAGGCCGAGGCCGUCGACGAGCGGCUCUGGGGCGGCGACGACGACGACCGCGAGGGCGACGCCGACAACAAGGACGAGGCGAUGCCCGAGGCGUCGCGCGCCGACGGCGAGGCGGCGACGGACGACGUCCGCGCGCGCGAGGAGGAGGCGGGCGACGGCGCGCCGCCGCCCGACCCGGAACAAGCGAAGGAGGACGCGGACGUGGGCGACGACGACGACGGCGCGGCGCCGCCCGCGGCCGACGAGGCGGCGCGGCCGCCGGGCCGCGACGACGCGCGCGAGGACGCGGCCAAGGACGCCAAGGCGGAGGAGGAGGUGGUCGAGGAGGUCGGCGACGGCGGCGACGGCGACGACGGCGAGGAGGCCGGCGCCUACGAGGACGCGGCCGGGUACGACGACGCGGGCGACGGGGGCGACGACGACGCGGGCGAGGCCCUGCCGGACAGCAUGGAGAUCGACGAGCCGGCGGCGGAGGGCGACGGCGACGACGAAAUAGAAGAGGCGGAGGGCGGCCGCCCGGAGGACGUCGAGGCGGAGGACGAGGACGGCGACGCCGGCGGCGGCGCGGACGCGGCGAUGGACGCGGCCGGCGACGACGCCGAGGACGUCGCCGCGGCGGCGACGGCCGCGGGCGAGUCGGCGCUCGCGGCCGAGAACCGGUCCGACGCGCGCGCGGCCGCGGGCGAGGGCGCCGCGGGCGCCGCGACGCAGAUCGGCGGCGACGCGCUCGCGGGCGGCGACGCGGGGGCCGGCGGCGACGGCGCCGAGGGCGCCGCCUCGGCGGGCGACGCGGCCGGCGGCGGCGGCGGCGGCGGCGGCGGCGGGAGCGCGCAGGCGGCCGCGCCCGCGGCCGCGGCGGCGGCGCCCGAGCGCCGCGCGCCGAACCCCUACGCGACGCCGGCCGCGGCGGCAGAGCACUGGCGCGCGCGCCUCGCGGCCGCCGAAGCGGCCUCCGCCGAUAACAACGACGACGACGACGCGGGCGGCGGCGACCGCUUCGAGUUCACGGACCGGCGCGCGGACGCGGCGGCGCUCGGCGGCGCCGGCGACGACGCCGCGGACCGGCCCGGGGAGGCGCCGCGCGGCGGCGCGGACGAGCCCGUCGAGCGCGCGCGCGGCGUCGACGAGGGUAACGAAGCCGUGGACGCGCCGCCGGGCGACGAUGCCAUGGACGCGAGCGACGACGAGGCCGCGACGCCGGCCGAGGCGAAUCAGAGCCGGACGCGCGCCGCCGACGACCCCGAGGCGGAGACCAGCGCGACGGCGGGCGGCGGCGCCGCGCCGCGCCCCGAGCACCGGGACGCCGACGGCGACGAGGAGAUGGCCGAGGCGGCGCCGCUCGCGCCCGGGGACGCCGAGGACGCCGAGGACGAGGCCGGGCCGUCGUCGAUCAACGUCGACCCGGCGUUGCUUUUGGAUCGGGACGCGAUGGACGUCGAACACGCAUCGGAAAGCAAUGGAGAGGGCGAGCCCUACCUCGCGGAGGACCAGUGGCGGGACCACCAGCGCCGCGCCGCGCCCGUGGCGCGGCGCCUCGCCGAGGCGCUACGCGUCGUGCUCGAGCCGACGGUGACGGCGCGGUUGAAGGGCGACUACCGCACGGGCAAGCGCCUGAACAUGCGGCGGGUGCUCGACUACGUCGCGUCCGGGUACCGGCGGGACAAGAUCUGGCUGCGGCGGACGCGGCCGUCGAAGCGGUGCUACCAGAUCUUCAUCGCGCUGGACGACUCGCGGUCGAUGCGCGACCACGGCGGCGCCGACGCGGCGCUCGCGGCGCUCGCGGCGCUCGUCGGCGGGCUCCGCGCGCUCGAGGCGGGCGACCUGAGCAUCGCGGCCUUCGGGGACGCCGUGCGGCUCCUGCACCCGUUCCAGGGGUCGUGCCCGUCGGAGGCGCAGCUCGAGGCGCUGGCGAAGCGGUUCACGUUCGCCGACGAGAAGACGCGGUGCGGCGCGCUGCUCGACAGGGCCUUGGAAGAUUUAAGGGAGGCGCGCCUGCGGAGCGCCGGGCGGGCGGCGCCGCUGCAGCUCGUCCUGCUCGUGAGCGACGGCCGCUUCGACGCGUCGGCGCGCGCGCAGCUCCGGCGCGCGCAGCGGGACGCCGUCGACGCGGGCGUCGCCGUCGUCCUCGUGCUGCUCGACCGGCCGGGCCGCGACUCGAUCCUGGAGAUGCAGAUCGUGGCCUUCGACGCGCAGGGCGGCGUCGCGAUCAGCCCAUACCUCGACGGCUACCCGUUCCCGUGCUACGUCGUGCUCCGGGACGUGCGCGAGCUGCCGGAGACGCUCGCGGCGGCGCUGAAGCAGUGGUUCGAGUUCCACCACGCGGCGUAA